AUGGCUCUGGUGGACUACUCGUCAUCUGACUCAGCUUCAGAGGCUGGGUCACCUCCGGCCAAGCGGCGCAAAGAGGAUACCCACGGCUCCGUGCCAGCCGGCCCUGCACCUGGCGCCGGCGCCGGUGGUCAAAAAGUAACGCAGCACAACCAUCCCGCCUCGUCGACCACGAAGGAGACAAAUGGCGGCACAUUGACGCUUCCGCCCCUCCCGGACGAGUUCCACGACCUGUACGCCUCUACGGUCCGAAAUGCCACUGCCGACAACCCAGCCCUGCACCAGGGCCGAAAGAGGACCAUUCCCCAUAUUGUCGGCAACUGGCCCUCUCACGUAUACGUUGAGUGGCAUCCGUCUGCGGACCAGCAUUCUCUCCUCACUGCUCUGCUGGAUGAAAUCGCGCCUCUGCUUGGCACGCGGGAGCUGACCUCGCUUCUAACUUCGGACCUCAACGCCCCUCUGCCACUCCACAUCUCGCUCUCGCGGCCUCUGUCCCUGACAAUGACUCAAAAGGACGCCUUCCUCUCCUCCUUGACAUCUUCUCUGUCUUCCACUACCGGCGAGUUCAGUCUAUCGCCUCGUGGCCUAGGCUUCUUUAAAUCGCCAGACUCGGACCGGGCCUUUCUCGUACUCCGCGUAGCAUGCCCAGCCGACUCAUCGCAAAGUGACACCGCCACCGGCAGCAACCCGCACCUCCGUACGCUUCUCAACAAAUGUAACGGCGUCGCCGUACGUUUCGACCAUCCGCCCUUGUAUCAAGCCCGCGCGACUGAGCUAGUUGACGACGCGUUCCACGUGAGCAUUGGGUGGGCGUUUGGGCUCCCCGAAGAAGACGAGUGCCUGCGCACCUAUGCCCUGCUGAAGACGCCGCGGUUCCGUGGCAUUCGGAAGUGGCAGAUUGAUGUUUCGGGUGUCAAGGCCAAGAUUGGCAAUGUUGUCACUCACAUCCCUUUGAGUAACACAUCCAAGAAGAGAAGGAACAGCACCACGGAGGACAGCGUGUAUGAGUAA